ACGAUUUAUUUUCAAAAUGUCUUCGAGAUAUCAAUUAUUUUCAAUCACGUAGCGCUAAAAGUCCAGCAAUGACACAACGAGGUUACAAAAAGAAACAACGAAUAUUUAGUUUGAACAAGAUACCAGGUGAUCGGGUCGAUGAACGAAUGAUGAUUGGCACUCAAAAGCAUCUGAAAUAUUUUCCCGGAUACAAUUGUGGCAUUAAUCCUCGAGAUAAAUCUUUGUAUGCAAUAACUGCCGGUACAGUGUACUAUUCUAUCGAACGGGUUCAACUUAAUUCGAAUAAUCCAUUAGUACAACAAUAUUUCGUCAAUACAAUUCAACCAUAUUAUAACAAAUAUAUUCACGUCAUUCCUGACAAAUUAGAAAAUGAAUUUCGUCUUGUAGAUAUUGUUUAUAUUAUUAUGGACAAACGCAAAUAUACGAUUAUGGCAGCCGUGACUGCAGCCGUGUUUGGUGCAAUCGGCUAUUAUUAUUACCAGAAAAGAGAUUCUAUUGAUGAGGCGAUAAAAAAAACGGCCGACACGAUCAAACAGCAAGCCGAUGUGGUGAAACAACAGACCGACAAUGCACAGAAGAACAUUCAAGAGGCAAUGAAAGAAUUGGAAAAAAAUAUUCCGGACAAAAGUCAAAAGGCCACAAAACUUUCAUCAAAGAAAUGAAUGUUUUAAUUAUAAUUAGUUUUAAUUUUUUUCGGUCCGGAAUUAAAUUUUUUUUUUGUUUGUUUAAAAUGU